UCUCUGCUGGUUCUUCUUGCUUGGUCUACUUGGGUCAGUUGAUAUUUUCGUUUGUGAUGAAAUCCCAUGUUGGACAUUCAAUCAAAGAUUGUAGCUUUGGGGUUGGUGGUGGAUUGUGUUUGGUGGGUUUGAUUUGAAAUGUGUUUUUACAGGUGUAUAGCUCAGUUGAUUGGGUAUGCUGGGAUUAAUUACAGCUCUCCUACUCUUGGCACGGCUGUCAACCUUAUUCCAGCUUUCACUUUUGUACUUGCAGUUAUAUUCAGAAUGGAAAAAAUUGAUCGGAGAAGCUACAGUACCCUAGCUAAAACCUUGGGAACAAUAGUUUCAAUAUCAGGGGCUUUCAUUGUGACUCUUUACAAGGGACCCCCACAACUGAUGACAGCCUCAGUUGAUUUAUUGUCUCACAAUAAACUUUUCUUGCCACAGUCGAAUUGGGUCAUUGGAGGAAUGCUCCUUGGGUUUUAUUGUGUGGUGGCUGCAGCAUUUCUUAUCAUACAGGCAUCAGUAUUAAAAAAAUACCCAGUAGAGCUCAUUAUAGUCUUUUACUAUUGCUUCUUUGUGGCUAUUCAAUCUGUAGUGGUGUUGUGGUUUGUGGAAAGAGACUCAAGUGCUUGGGCCUUAAACCAUAAGUUAAGGGAGUUUUUGGCUCAGCGUUCCAGGUUGGUGUUCCAGGUUGGACUUUUUAGUCUUGUUCCGCUUCGCAAGAUUAUGGUUAUGGAUUACAAACUUACAUACCCCAGUGGGACUGCCACAACAAUGUUGAUCAAUAGCUUUCACACUAAAAGUGGUGCAGAGAUUGCUGGGAAGCAAGUGCAAUGUCUUGGAAAGUAUCUAAGCAUGAGUUUAAUUUGGAGCUGCUUUAAGUGGUUCUUCAAUGGUAUUGGAGAUUCAUGUGGGUUUGACAACUUUCCUAGCCUUGGAUUGACACUUUUUAAGAACACGUUUUAUUUCGACUCCAGUCCUACUUAUGUCGGAUGUGGUCUUAUUUGCCCUCACAUAGUCAACUGCUCAGUACUUCUUGGGGCUAUCAUAUCAUGGGGUUUCCUUUGGCCUCUCAUAUCCCAACAUGCUGGGCACUGGUAUCCAGCUGACCUUGGUAGCAAUGAUUUCAAAGGUCUUUAUGGAUAUAAGGUCUUCAUAGCUAUUGCCCUUAUUUUGGGGGAUGGUCCAUACAAUUUGACCAAGAUUAUAGCCAUUACUAUCAAGGAAAUAUGCAAUAAAAGUAGUAAACAGAGCUAUCUUCCUUUGGUUAAAGAAAAGUUGGAUGGUGAGAGUUCUGAAGUAACCCUGGAACAAAAAAAGAGGGAUGAGGUAUUUCUCAAGGAUAGAAUACCUCGAGGUGUGCAUUGAAGUGGCUGAUUAUAUACAGAGUUUGGUGUAAGACUUUUGGCUUCCAUGAUUUUGAGUAAGGCUAGUUUUUGCUUU